UGCCAAAUGACUGUAGCUGUUCAGAGAGGGAAGAGACAGAGAAGCUCUCUUAACAUUGCUCCGCUCUCUCUUCCCACAGCCUCAUUUAUGCCACUUUCCAAACAUCUCAACUGGAAAAGGGACAGGAGCGCUGAAUGUCUCUCUUUGUUUGUUUGCCGGUUCAAACACUAUAAGGUCUGCAGCCAUGUUCGCCCCAGAAAAGGCAUUUCUUUCUUUCUUUUUUUAGGCUGUGGGUAAAAGCAGCCUGGGCUCAGCAGGGCUGGAGUAUUAGGGGAGGGGAAGGCAGCAGCAGCAGAGAGAGAGAGAAUCUGAUGUUUUUUCCGAGGUCCUUUGCUGGAGAAGGAAACAGGAACGCAGCCUCCGCCAAUGAAAGGAGCAGAAGUACCACAGAGAGUAGGCAGGUUGCCAAGCAAGCUCGGCAGCGUGACCGAGCUGCAUUGAGUUUCUCUAAUGAAAGCCAGGAAAGAACACAUUACACAGUGUUUCUUCAGAGAGCUAAGCUAGCCUCCAGUGAUUGAAAUCAAUAAAAACAGUCGGCAAGGGGCCCAAGUGGGGAGAGAACCAAACCUCAGCUUCAGCCUCCCCUUUGCUUUCUACUUCCUUCUUUUCCUUAAAAGUUGAACUUUCAAUAAAAACCACACCACUACUCCUUGUAGAACUCCAAGGACUUAUAUCUUUGGGUCCACGGCCUUGGUGAGUGGACUGCUGUUUCAAGCUUCUUUCAGUUCUCUUUUCCAGCAUGAAAGGAAUGAAAGGAUUGUUUUGAACGUGAAGCCUGCCUAAGAGGACACCUCCGGACAAGUGCCUGAGCUGACGUUUAGGAAGGAAGGAGAGGAAGCGGGACACAGAGGAGAUGAAGUUUACAGCAGGACAACAUUCAAGGUGAUGAAAGAAGAAGGAAAACAUGGGAAUUUAUUCAGCAGAAAUCCCUCUGUCUGGAGAGAAUGUCAGCUGCUGCCUGAAAGUCUGAAACCCUUGAAGAGAGACAGCCUGGGAGGAAGACUGCUGGAAAGCAGAGAGGGAAAAAGAAGUUCUGAAAUGAGACACCAGCGCUUGGGCUGAACUUGCACAGAAAAAGUUCCCAUUGGAGGAGCACAAUGUAGUUUUGCCUGCAAUGAAGACCUGCAUGGACUGAGGCCGGGCACCAGAAAAGCUGGUAACCAGCAAACCUCUCCACACAUUUUAAUUUCACUAUGUGGAGCUGUGAUGCUUUCAAUGGUACCAAAACCACAGAGGACCAGCAUCUCUGCCAUGACUUCCACCUCGUGCUUUCCAUCUUUUCAUUGCUCUACCUCAUCAUCUGUUUCCCCAUUGGCCUUUGCUACAAUGCCCUGCUGGUCUUGGUCAACCUCUACAACAAAGCAACGAUGACCAUGCCAGAUGUUUACUUUGUCAAUAUAGCCAUUGCUGGCCUCAUCAUCAGCGCCAUUGCGCCCAUGUACCUUCUGGGACCUGCCAGUACCAAAUGGGCCAUCUGGAGUUUCAAUAAUGAAGUCUACAUCACCUUGCUGAUUUUAUUCAAUGUGUCAUCUUUGGUGAUAAUGUACUCUACCACCCUACUCAGUUUGGACUACUACAUUGAGCGUGCGCUGCCAAGAACGUACAUGUCAAGUGUGUACAACACCAAGCACGUGUGUGGAUUCAUAUGGGGAGGAGCCAUGCUGACAAGUUUCUCAUCUCUCCUCUUUUACGUCUGCAAUCAUGUAUCCACUAAAAUAAUUGAAUGCUCCAAGAUGCAGAACAAAGAAGCGGCAGACGCCAUCAUGGUUUUUAUUGGGUACAUCGUUCCCGCCAUUGCAGUGUUGUACGCACUUGUGUUGAUUCUGCGAAUACGCAAGGAGGCGACGCCACUGGACCAAGACACUGGAAGAUUGGAUCCGUCAGUGCACCGGCUUUUGAUUGCCACCGUGUGCACACAGUUCACUUUAUGGACGCCCUAUUACAUCACACUUCUAGUAAAUACUUUAACAAGCAUGCAAGGAAAAGUUAUGGACGAAAACUACGUCCGAGCAUUACAUUUUACCAAGGGAGUGUCAAAAUUCCUGGCUUUUUCUAGCAGCUUUGUCAUGCCCCUCCUCUACCGAUACAUCAACAAAAACUUUCCAAACAAAUUGCGAAGGCUGCUUAAGAAACUGCAUUGUGGGAACCAAGGGUGCUCUCAUGAACGCACAGUCGUUCAACAAGUCAUAACGUAGGAAUGAAUGGAUGCUGUGUGCCAAGCUUAUUCUCCAAGACACUCUUGUGUGGAGGCCACUUUGCCAGGAUAUUGGAAAAAAGAGACAGUUUUAAUACACACAGGUAGUAAAGAUGUGUGGAAAACUCUACUGAGAAUCUGUCUGUGGGUUAAAACUGUUUUGAUUUGUGAGAUUUUCAAUGCACUGAUUCAGUCACACAGUAUAAGCGUUGUUCUGAUAAUCCUGUCUGGAGAAAAUCACUAGAGGGCCCACUGAAGGCUUUGACUGAACAUUUAGCACUUUGUAAUCCUGUAGAGUUAAAAAAAGAGGUAUUUUUAUAUAAAAUAAUAUGAUUUUUAAUUUUACGAAGUAGUUUUAAUUCAAGGUGAGGACAGCACCUUUUUAGUUAAGAUCAUCUCAUACUGGUUAAAUCGUGUAAGGAUCUAAACAAUGAAGUACCAAGGGUAAAUUUACUUUAAUAUUUAAUUACAUCUUCUCCAUAAUUUUGCAAUACUUUGAUUUAAAAGAAACAAUUAUUUGAAUUCUAAAAUUGUUUGCAGAUUUAGUUUUGUUUUAAUGUAUUCAUAUUUUUCUACAUUUAACAAUGAACCAAAAAAGUCCCAAUUUAUCUGCUAUUCAUACUUGGCAUUACAAAACAUUUCAGUCAGUCAUAAGUAGCCACUUUGAAAGGAAAAACUUCCUUUACAUAUUAAAAUGAAGGAAUGCGCCGAUAAGUUUUAAGGUGAAUAUUAGCAACCACAGAGUUAAAAGUAUCUUUAUUGCUGUUAUGGUCCAGAAAUAUUCAUGCAGAUAUACUGCAUUCUUUUAAUGAUUGAAUAAAUAUGCUUGCAGUUUUCAAGGUAUUAUUACCUUUGUAGUGGGAAAGAGAUAACUUCAAAUGUUUUCAAAAAAUUGUAAUAUGUGGUCUAGGCCUUGACUUAUAGGAAAGAUGGCAAAGACACAACUACAGGGGAGUUUCUUAUAAACCUGUGAAACCGUUUCAUGUAGACCUAUAGUUUCUGAAACACAAUAAGAGGAAGUGCCUGAAGACUCUACUAGCUCUUGGGUUUUGUGCUGCUAUAGAUCAGGCUUUUUGCCUCCCUGUAUGAUGCCAAUUAUUUCCAAUCUUUCUAUAUCAGAUAUAGCAAACCAGUCUUGACCAGCCUAGGCUAGAAUCCAAGAAUCCAUGAACAGUGCUCCACAUACGUAUGUACUCAUUUUAGUCUCAUGGUUGUCUCUUUAAAAUGUUUACUGGUAUGCCCUGCAGAAAGAAUGGAGAAAUCAGUCAACUGACCUGAAAAUGUGAGCAUGCAGAAAUAAUGCCUCAGAUACAUUCAUAAGGCAACCACCAGUAAACAUCUCUAGCACAGAGACAGUCUGCUGACUGUGCCACAAGCAUACAGAACGCAGGAGAAUUCAGGAACCAAAAUUGGUUCCUCAGGCAAAUAGAUACUUUCUCGACUUUCUGUGAUUUCACCUGAGGCACAGGUCAAGCAUCCCUUACUCAGAAUUCAAAACUAUACACAUGGAUGGCAGAGAUAGUGACAUAUCUUUGCUUCCUGGUGGUUCAGUGUUAGCAAACUGUGUUUCAUACCCACAAUUAUUUAUUUAAAUACUGUUUAUAAAUUACUUUCAGGCUACGUGGGUAAGGUGAACAGAAAGUCCACAAGUUAUAGACAACCAACUUACAUCCAACUCCUAGUUAAGAACGUGGGUGAGACAACAGGAAGUGACAGAAAUCUACCCCCUUGGAAGGGAAACCCACUCCUGGGAGUUAUCAUGGGGAAAAGGUGCCUUCACUGAAGCAAAAUCCUUGUUUCAACAAUAAGCCAAUUUUUUCAAAAUUCAUUAUCACAGGAACAGAAAGUGAAUUGAAAUCUUUUGAAUAGGGGCAUAGACAGAAAAACAAACACCACAGGGUGUUACCCCUUCCCUGUUCUAUCAAAAGCUUGCAUAUAUAUACAGUUGCAUUUGUAUGUAAGUCAGAACAGGUACAUUUUAAGUGUAACUCCAGCUAUACAUACACAUAUACGCACAUACACAUACAUAUGCACGCACACACAUAUACUGGGAACUGCCUGUAUAAGAAACAAGAUAAAUUUUGUGUUUAGACUUGGAUCUAUCUCCACGAUAAGCCAUUAUGCAAAUACUGGUAUUCCAAAAUAAAAGAAAUGCAAAAUACUUUGGUUCUAAGAAUUAGGGGAUACCCAGUCUGUACAUUCUUCUCCAAAGAGCAAGUGUGGUAUUGAGUAUUGCACGAGGUCUCUUGCAAACUAGGGUUUGAAUCCCCCUUCUUCCAUGGAAAUCAAUUGGGUGAUCAAGGGCGCAUCACACACUCAGAGGAAGGCAAGGGCAAAUUGGUUCUGAACACAUCUGGAUCCAAAAACAACCAGGUCCCCGUGUCUUUUAUUCUGGUUCUCCAAUACAUAUAUUGCCUGUUUUCCCCCCAAUAAUGUCUUGAGGUGCCUUUUAUAGUUUAAUUCCCCUGCAUCUCCAUGGUCUAAGCAGAUUUUAAAAAUAAAAAAAAUAUGAAUAUUAGUAAGAGAAGUGAGACUUCUUGAUUUAUUCCUUUCACUAGUAGUUUAACAAUAAAAGGUGGAAAGAAAUGACCAUGAGCUUCCCUUUUUACACUCUUUGGUUCGUCAUGUAAUUCCAAAUGAUAUAUUCAAAGCACAUUUUGAGAACCAUUUCGCAUGUCUCCAGCUCAACUGUGCGCUCAACAUCUCUGGAUUGCAAAAAGUGCUGUUUAUAUGUUUUGCAAAACUGAACUUAAUGUACCUUUAUCUGCAAAAGACUUCCUUUUUAUUGAAUGAUACACAUUUCUUCCACUACAGGGAGCAGUUAUGUGGCCACACAUUUUUAUGGCAUAGAUUGCUGUCAAAAGAUUUCUGAGGGUUGAACUAAAACAUAUGGACAGAGACUGGAAUUAAUGAGCAACCUGCAAGCCUAUGGAGGCUCAGAUAUUAAGGGUCUCCUCAGACAGAAAGGGGAACACCAAUUCCUAUAUUCAUCAGGCUCCAUGAAAUCUCAGGACUGGGACCUGAAGUCACCUUGGCUGUGUCAGAAAAAUUGUAUUUUUGCCUCUUAUCCUUCAAGCUCCAGCUAACGUACAUAGUUCCAAGACCUUGUAAUUCUGUAAUUUGCAGAUAACUGUGCCCCAAAUUAGAAUAAAAUGCUCCACAUUAGAAUAGCCUUGUCCUCAUAUAUAUACAAUAGAAUCUCUAGGUAAUAAUGUCCCAACGUAAGUAUGUUUUAAUUUACAAUUCCUCAGUCAGCCUAGAGUAAUGUUUUGACAUAAGAAUGCUGUUUUGACCUACAAGCAGUGCAAAAAGAGGCUUUUUUGCCCCCAACUCAGCUCUAACAGCAAGGCAGAGAGAAACAAAACCUGGAUUCCUAGCUCUUCCUACAAGGCAAAAGCUCCAGCUAGCUCCAUGUGAUUGCUUGCCCUGAACAUUCUGGGAGGACUCCAGUCUGGAGAUGCCACUCCAGAGAUUGCAGUCCACCCUGGUGCAGCAGAGCUUCAGCAAUGCAGUACUAUAUGUUUUACUUCAAGAGGAGAAAGAGAGAGAGAGAACAAGAGGGGGAAGGCUGGAAUUAUAGUAUGAAGAAAAUGAUACUGUUUUGCCUUGCUGUACACUGGCCAACACAUUUUGUUGCCUCAGAUGUGCUCCCUUGCCACACACACUGCCUAAUUUCUGAACAUUUUAUACAUUAUUUGUUAUUUAUAAAGUACAUUUUCUUAUUUAAAAAUACAUAACAAAAAAACAGCUUGAUAGAUUUCACUUUCAGAUAAGAAUGUUUUGACUUAAGAAUUUAAUUCAUCCUGUGACUGUGUUCUUAAGUCAAGGUAUCACUGUAUUUGUGGCAACAACUGAACUUCGCAUUUAAAGAGGUGAAGGUUCAUGACUAUCUUCUCUUCUUACCAAAACACAAUCCACAGAACUAGUGAAGAUAUUUCGUUGGGAGUGAGAGGUCAUGAAAUAUGGGAUAAGCUCCCUCUCUGCUGCUCUGGAAACUAGGACUUGGAGGAAUGGGUUCAAAUUAUAGGAAACGGGAUUCCACCUGAACAUUAGGAAGAACCUCUUGACUGUAAGAGCUGUUCAGCAGUGGAACACUCUGCCUCGGAGUCCAGUGGGGAUCUCCUUUCUUGGAAGCUUUUACAACGAGCCUGGAUGGCCAUCUGUUGGGCUGCUUUGAUUGUACUUUUCCUGCAUUGCAGGCUUUUGGACUGCAUGGUUCAAGUGGUAUCUUCCAAUUCUAUGAUUCUAAUAUCUCAUAGUUCCAAUUAUACGUUUAUCAAAUCAUUAAAUCAUCAGGUUCAGCUAGAUCAGUGGUUCUCAACCUGUGACUCCCCAGGUAUUUUGGCCUACAACUCUUUGGGAUUCUUAUUUGUUUAUGACGUAAACAAAUAGGAGCUUCCCGGUGGCGCAAUGGGUUAAACUCUUGUGCCGUGAGGACUGCUGACCAAUCCUGGAAGUGGGGUGAGCUCCCAUCUCUCAGCCCCAGCUUCCCAUGCGGGGACAUGAGAGAAGCCUCCCACAGGAUGGUGAGCAACGUCUUUGCAGAUGGCCAAUUUUCUCAAACCAGAAGCGACUUGCAGUUUCUCAAGUUGUUCCUGACAUGAAAAAAAAUGUAAUAAUUCCAGAAUUUAUGUUUUUCCACUUCUGCUAGUUUAUUUCCAUAGUGUUUUUGAGGUACAUGUGUCAGAAAGACCUUUGGUUUUUUCAAAGAAGAGAACCUGAUCCAGGAUGGUUUACUACAAACUAUCUUCUACCAUUCUUCUCUUUUAAAAUGGCAACACGAAUUCAAACUUUCAGACACAGGGUUCUUGUGAGUUUUCCAGGUUGUAUGGCCAUGUUCAGGAAGCAUUCUCUCCUGACAUUUUGCCUGCAUCGAUGGCAGGCAUCCUCAAAGGUUGUGAAGUCUUCGACAGUCGCACACACUUUCAUAAUUUUUGUAUCCGGUGUGAUUUUCAGAUAGGCAUUAAAUACACUUCUAAAGAUGCAGCAAGCUUUACAUGAAUAAAAACGCAACAAGUGAUAAGAGAAAUAUCAAGCCUUAAUGAUGAAGGGGAAAAAACUCUUACAGAAAUCUUUUGUAAUAAUUCAAAAAUUUAAGAGUUAUCAAAAUGUGGACUAUUCGAUUUCAAUGCCUGAAGCUUUCUAGUUUGUAAAUAUGAGCCAAACUGUACAGCAUUAUAAUACGUAUUAUUGUAUAUAUGCAAAGAGAAUCUGUCUACUGAUGUAAAAAGAACAAUUUAAAGAAUUUAUUAAAUUAUUACCGAAAAUUGAUCAGCCAUUUGAAAAUAAGCUUUUUGCUUUCUUAAGGUCUACUGUAGACAGACUUGAGCCUACAAAGAAUCACUACAACAGUGCCAUUAUUAACAGGAUCACCUUCUCUGAGAAAUGAUUAUAUAUCUGAACAUGCUUUAUGAUUUUUAGGUCUUCUCUUAAUGGGGGAGAUAGUUAUGUCAAAUCAAUGAAAUAAAAAAACUCCUGAACUAUGUA